AUGUUUACUUUUUCCACCGAGUCGCUGCCCAGACAAACAGCGUGGUCCCUGAGUGGAGCCCAAGCCCUGCCCCCCCUGCGGAGGAGGACAUAAGAGGGCACCUGCCGGACGGUCACCUCUCACAUGAGAUCACGGAGCAGCGACGACCGAGCCGCCCUCCAGCCUCCGCCGCCAUGAAGCUGGCCGUCACCCUCGCCCUGGCCACCCUGGCUCUCUGUUGCCGCCCUGGCCCGGCCUUUGCCUCGCAGGCAGACCCAGCCAGGGGGCUGCCCUCUUGGGAAAGUGUGGGUGAUUCCGCAGAGAGCUGCUUGGACUUCAUCGUGAAAACCUUCUUCGUGAGCCUGCUGUCCAGUCACGAGGUCUCGGUGGAACUUUUCAGCCCUGAUGCAGACAUGAGAGACGCGGCGAUGAAGAUGAAGGGGCUGGUGGACACCCUCCCCCAGCAGGACAGGGACAGCAUCAGGAGGGCCAUGGACAAAAUCAUAAAAAAGCCCACGGUGUGCUUAGGAUUUAGAAGGUGAAGCUCUCCAACCGCUGGGUCUCCGGCUGCUCCCCGGCGCCGCCUUCGCGCCCUCCCACCAGCCGGGCCUGGCUCCCGCCCAUAAAAAAG